AUGGGGGACUGCUGCUUGUCGGGUGAAGACAGAGAAAGCAUCAGGAUUCACCAAGAAAUUGAGAGACAGCUUAAGAUGGACAAGCGGGAUUCAUCCCGACAACUGAAACUUUUGUACAGAUUCUACCAGAACAGGAACAUUGUCUACAUGAAGGAAACACAUGCUGCAAUGCUUAACAGUGUGAUCCCCGAAACAGUACUGUCACUGGAGCCUAAAAAUGCUGAAGCCAUCAAGAGUGUGUGGAAAGACCAAGGUCUGCAGAAAUGCUUUGAACGCAGGAGAGAGUUCCAGUUGUCGGACUCGACCAAAUAUUACCUCGAUGACAUUGACAGAAUAUCUGCAUCCUUUUACUUGCCGACUGUUCAGGAUAUUCUGAGAGUCCGAAUUCCAACCACAGGCAUCAUUGAGUACAUCUUUGACCUCCAGACAGUCAUAUUCAGAAUGGUUGAUGUUGGAGGCCAAAAGUCAGAAAGACGGAAGUGGAUCCAUUGUUUUGAAAACGUUACUUCCAUCAUCUUUCUGGUGGCUCUGAGCGAGUACGACCAGGCCCUAUAUGAGUGUGCAAAUGAGAACCGCAUGGAGGAGAGUAAGGCACUUUUUAAGACAAUCGUCUCCUACCCCUGGUUCCAGGAGUCCUCUAUCAUCCUCUUCCUCAAUAAAACAGAUAUCCUGAAGGAGAAGAUAUCAAAGUCACAUCUUGCAGACUAUUUUCCACAAUACAAAGGCCCUAAAAAUGACGCAGAUGCUGCAAUGAAGUUCAUCUUGAGUAUGUAUGAGGAGCAGAACUCAGACACACAUAAACGCAUCUAUGCACAUUCCACCUGUGCAACCGACACUGAAAAUAUCCGCUUUGUUUUUGAAGCAGUGAAGGACACCAUUCUGCGGAACAACCUAUCCGACUUUAACUUGGGUUAAAUGACAAAAGUACUUUUCCAUAUAUGGCUAC